CGUCAUGUAAAGAGUGACUUAAAGCUUGUGAGCAUGCGCCGGUCUGGUUCCUUCAAUAUCUGCGGUUCGAAGACGACUACUGGACGGUCAUCAUGAUGCUUCCCGUGUUUGUCCUUCUGGUUUUGCUCGGUCUGAGCACAGGAGAAGAGGGGGCCCGUUUACUGGCCUCCAAGUCCUUACUGAACCGCUACGCCGUGGAGGGACGGGACCUCACCCUGCAGUACAACAUCUACAACGUGGGCUCCAGUGCUGCCCUGGAGGUGGAGCUGUCAGAUGAUUCUUUUCCUCCAGAAGACUUUGGAAUCGUUUCAGGCAUGCUGAACGUUAAAUGGGACAGGAUCGCACCAGCCAGCAAUGUCUCGCACACGGUGGUGCUGCGCCCCCUGAAGGCCGGCUACUUUAAUUUCACCUCGGCUUCCAUCAGCUACCUGGCCCAGGAGGGAGGACAAGUCGUGGUCGGCUACACCAGCGCCCCUGGACAGGGAGGCAUCCUGGCUCAGAGAGAGUUUGACCGGCGCUUCUCCCCACAUUAUCUGGACUGGGCUGCGUUUGGCGUGAUGACUCUGCCCUCCAUCGGCAUCCCUCUGCUGCUCUGGUACUCCAGCAAGAGAAAGUAUGACUCACCAAAGGCCAAGAAGAACUGAGGCGUCCCCGUCGCUUUGAAGGCUGGGGUCGGCUCAGGGAGGGAGGAGACGCAGCUUAGUGGACACAAGACCUCUGGGGGGAAAAAAAAAAUAGAAAGAAUUGUACAGUGACCAAGGAACACAAUUGUGAUUUGAUCAAACAUACAGGGUGGUAAAGACUGCAACACUCUGGUGCAGGAUGUUAAAAGUGGAAGGUGGAGAUCCUCAGCGGAGGUUACCAGAACAUGAGCGUUUACACGCGACCUGCCUGUUCUCAUUAACACCUAAACGGCCAUGGCAUCACAGCUGCCGGCCAGUCCUUCACAUUUGCAAGCAGGUUCAUGCAUGGUGAGCAAUUACAAUGGCUGGUACUACUACAGAAUUUUGUAAUUGUGUGUAAUGAACUGAAUUCAGAUGUGAAAUUUCUAGCCUGAUGCUAAAUUAAAAAGGUAUUUUGUUUUUUUUUUCUAA